AUGGCUGGCGCCCCUGGACAGCGGGAAGCGCAGGGAGCCGCAGGCCCCGGGCAUCCAGCCGCGCGCCGGAGCCCCGCCGCUGCUCGGCGCCUCCUAGCAGCCGCGCCGCAUCCCCGUCCCCCGCAGCGCCCGCCAGGCCCGGGCCCGCCGCGCUCGGGACGGAGGCUGAGGGUCGCGGGCGCGCGGGGUGCGCGUGAGGGGCGAGCCCGCGUGGGGGAGACCGAGGCUGGGGGAGCGAGCGGGCGCGCGCGCGGCGGGCGGGGGUCGCGGGGCGGGCGCGGGCAGGCCCGGCCCCUCACUCUCUUCCUCGCCUUCCCUUUGUGUCCGCGGCCGUCGCCACCGCGUCACAAAGACCCCGGCCCGCCCGGUGAGGGGCGCGUGACAGAGCCGCCGGCGGGAGGGGUGGCCGCGACCCCGCCCCGCGCACACCCCCGGCGCCCGCGCCGCCAGCCCCGCCCCCGCCCGCGGCCGGCGCCGCCUCCAGGGGAGCUAUUGUUCCUGCGGCGGGGCGGGAGCGCGGAGGCCGGGGGUCGCGGCCGCCCCUCGGUCCAGCCGCGGUGGGCUGGCGGGCGCCGAGGAUGCUCCGCAGACCUUACCCUAACAGACACAUCUGCCGCCCUUUGUAAGCGUUUCUCAAGCAUUUCCUUCGCCCAGCAGCCGGGCUGA